CUUGCGUGCCGAUCAAUUGGUUUACAUCGGUCUUAGGGACAUUGACCCUUAUGAAGCCUACAUACUCAAUAAGCUGGGUAUAAGAGCAUAUGCCAUGGAUUCUGUCGAUAAAUAUGGCAUUGCUAAAAUUAUGGAAAUGACCCUCGACGCUUUGGAUGUCAAUAAUAAAAUUCAUGUCAGUUUCGAUGUCGAUGCCUUGGAUAGUAAAGUGGCUCCCAGUACCGGUACUGCUGUCUAUGGUGGUUUGUCUUUGCGUGAGGGCAUUUUCAUAGUGGAAAGUUUAAGUGAAACAAAACGUGUUCAAGGUAUAGAUUUGGUAGAACUGAAUCCCAGCUUAGGCAAUGCUCAAGAUGUUAAGACUUCAGUAUCGGCUACCAUGGAAAUUUUGAAAACUAUAUGUGGCGGUCAUAGACGUAGAGGAAAUUUUGAAAAUAUCGAUGAAAGUCUGGUGAAAAUUAAAACGGAAUGAAGUGAAAUUGAUGAAAAAUAUAAUGAGAAAAAAUGUUUAAUAAAAAAAAUAAAACUGCCUUAAUGUAGAA